CCGAGCGCGUCAGACAGGUUCCGCAACCGUCUUCGGAAAUCUGUAAUCUGUCCCACACCGACUGCAUUUUGCGAGCAGAGGUUUCGCAUAACUUUUAUACCACCAUUCGUCGCUCGUUUAGUCGAUUGAGGAUUUAGCGGAUCACACACAAAAUGUCCAACAAGAAGAACGAGGAUAUCGAGAUGCGGGCCGCCGAGGGCGGCAACGACUUCGGGGGUGAGAAGGACCCGUUCCUGGGCAGGAACUCGCCCGUGUCCCGACCCCGCGGUCGCGAGCCCGCAGCUUCGGCAUACUUCGGGAAGCUCGACAACAGCCCCGGAGCGUCGAUCCUCGCCUACUGCCUGUCGUCGAUCAGCAUGACCGUCGUGAACAAAUACGUUGUCUCCGGCGAGUCAUGGAACCUGAACUUCUUUUACCUCGGUAUUCAGUCGCUUGUUUGCACCAUCGCCAUUCUUCUCUCCAGGCAGACCGGCCUCAUCAAGAACCUUGCGCCCUUUGAUUCAAACAAGGCAAAGAAAUGGUUCCCCGUUUCGCUGCUCCUCGUUAGCAUGAUCUACACGGGCGCCAACGCCCUCCAGUACCUCUCCGUCCCGGUCUACACCAUCUUCAAGAACCUGACCAUCAUCGUUAUCGCCUACGGAGAGGUGCUCUGGUUCGGUGGCAGCGUGACCCCGCUCAUGCUGUUGUCCUUCGGCUUGAUGGUGCUCAGUUCCGUCGUGGCUGCGUGGGCUGAUAUCCAGGCCGCCAUCGACGGUGUUGGCCACUCGGCCGAGACUUCGGCUGCCCUUGCGACCCUCAACGCGGGUUAUGCGUGGAUGGGCUUGAACGUUGUUUGCACCUCCUCAUACUUGCUUGGCAUGCGCAAGGUUAUCAAGAAGAUGAACUUCAAGGACUAUGACAGCAUGUUCUACAACAACCUCCUCACGAUCCCCGUUCUCGUCGUUUGCUCGCUGCUUGUCGAGGACUGGUCCGCCGAGAAUCUCGCCAAGAACUUCCCCAUCGAGACCCGCAACAAGUUGAUGGUCGGCAUGAUCUACUCCGGCCUGGCCGCUAUCUUCAUCUCGUACUGCUCGGCGUGGUGUAUCCGCGUGACUUCCUCGACGACAUACUCGAUGGUCGGCGCCCUCAACAAGCUCCCCAUCGCCAUCAGCGGCCUGAUCUUUUUCGACGCGCCCAUCACCUUUGGCAGCAUCACCGCCAUCGCCGUCGGUUUCGUCAGCGGUCUCGUCUUCGCGUGGGCCAAGGUCCGGCAAAAGGCUCAGGACGCCGGUAUUCUGCCCACCAGCAAGCCCACGAUGAGCGCGAGCGCGCAGAGCAACAGGGACGCCAACUCUUGAAAAGAACGGCGCAUCAGUCCACCACGCUAAUAUGGGCCAUCUCACCGCACACACGCCGCGCCUGUGCCAAAACCCCGAUGGCAAGGACCGCGCCGGCCUUCCUCGCAGCCUUGAAGAAGACCAACGCUUCCUGGGGAGUAGAAUAAUGCUGAUGCCA